GAAUUUUUUAAUUUUCAUCAAAUUUACAUUUGAAUUGUGCGCCGUCCAAAAAAUUUAACUUUGCUAUCGGCUUUCUCGAUAUAUAGCGCUCGAUAUAUUUAGCUAGGCUGGUCACACUUUUCAUACUUGACCACACUUCAAACAAAAAAUGUAAACACAUUUUUCGCGAUAAAAUUAUUUUAAAAAUGCAAAGCGUUAAUACAAAUUCAUUUAUAGCUAAGUUUCCAGGCUUACAAAUGGAGCAGAUUAAGAAUAGUGCUUAUGUUAUCAGAGGAGUAAUCUACAUGAAUAAAAAGUGGAUACGACUGAAACUUUAUUUACCGCAUUUUCCAGCGCUGAGCGGUUUUAAAUUGUAUGUGCAACAACAUUUGGAAUAUAAAUGUUAUAAUAGUGGUAACCUGCAGAUCAAAGAAGACUGGCAGCUAGAGGAUUUGCUAACACACCUGGUGCAGCUGCUGCCAACAACAGUUUCAAUUGAAACCAGCUCGUUACGAGAGAAGAAUAACAUUUAUGCUGAGAUAUUGGAACUAAACAAACCUCAGGAGUAUCGUCUGCAAUUGGAUGAGUGCUGUUCCCGCAUACGUUUCAGUAACUUUUCCGAAUAUGAAUCGCAUUAUCUGGAACUGGAACUGCCGUCCUUGCGACUGUUGGAAUACAGUCUGCCCGACUGUAUAUCCCUGGCGGGUAUGUUGGCCGACGGCGCACGUUCCCUCACAGAUGUCCUAAAUCUGUAUCUUAAGCUGCUAGAUGAACUGCGUCCCUUCUACGACAGCUUUGCGGAUAUAGAUGAGCUGUGCGAUGUGCUGCAGCCAUCUCCAAUUACCACCAAGCACAACAGUCGCGUAUUUCCCCUCAAGGAGCGUGUCUAUCUGAAAGUCACCAUUGCCGAUCCCUUUGCCAGCUACGGUUCCAUGGCUGUGCAGAUCAUUGGACCCACCGAGGAGGUGGCUCAAUUGCGACAUGUGCUAAGCGAUGGACUCAGCAGCUGGGAUACCGAACUGGAUAUGCAUAAGAAUCUCUUGCGCAUUUUCGACUUGUGCUAUUUUCCAAUGCCAGCAGGCGCUGAACUCGACCAGCUGCUGGAGAAGAAUGAGGAGGAGAAGCAUUGUAAUAUUUGCUAUGUUUAUCGCUUGGACACUGGCGAGGUGCCUCUUGUGUCGUGUGAUAACCCACGUUGUGUGUUAAAAUGCCAUGCCGCCUGUUUAAAGGAAUGGUUUGACACGCUAAUCGAUGGGAAAACAUUUCUGGAAGUGUCCUUUGGCCUAUGUCCAUUCUGCAAGGCGAAAUUAUCCACCUCAUUUGCGGCACUGCUGAACACCUAAGACUUAAAAUUAUUAUUCUCUUUCUACUAAAAAACUUAUGUACAUUUAUCCCUAUUUUUACAAAUUUUUUUUCUUUACUAAAAACGUAACCAAAUUUGUUAAAACAAUUAAAUUUACAUAAGAUUUGUAGUUUAUAAUAGAAAUCAGCAAAAAAAGAGAACAUUUGUUAUAUUACAAAAUAAAACAAAAGUUCCUUUGUUAUCUUAAAUAUGGAUAAAUUUUAUUAAAACUUGGUAAAUCAAUCUUAAGGUUUGCACACACAAA